AUGGAUGACUUGAUGUUGCUGGGUGCUAAUAACUUCCGCCCCUUCACACGCGAAUCUUUGGCUGCCAUUGAGAAGCGCAUUGCGGCCAAGAAAGAAUGCAAAGACCCACCCCCUGUGGAGAAGCUCCGCCCUCAGCUGGACCUGCAACAAUUCCAGAAGUUGCCUGCCCUUUACGGGAACCUUCCCCCUGAACUCAUCGGCGAGCCCCUGGAGGAUUUCGACCCCUACUAUAAUGAUCAGAAGACCUUUAUGGUGUUGAAUAAAGGGAAAGCUAUCUUCCGAUUUACAGCCACUCGUGCAUUGUGGAUCCUUAGUCCCUUUCAUCCAAUCAGACGAACUGCAAUUAAAAUUUUGAUACAUUCAUUGUUCACCAUGUUUAUCAUGGUUACUAUCUUCACUAACUGUGUCUUUAUGGCUCUUUCCGAAUCAUCGCAAGAUUCGUCAACCAAUUCCUCGUCCAAAUAUGUUGAGAACACGUUUACUGGCAUUUAUACUUUUGAAUGUCUUAUCAAAAUACUGGCAAGAGGCUUCUGCUUGAAUAAAUUCACUUUCCUUCGAGACCCAUGGAAUUGGUUGGAUUUCAGUGUCAUCGUGAUGGCAUAUGUGGGAGCAUCUAUUGACCUGGGCAACGUUUCGGUUCUUCGGAUGUUCCGCGUAUUGAGAGCUUUAAAAACCAUUUCCAUCAUCCCAGGUCUAAAGAUAAUUGUCGGCGCUCUUAUCCAAUCAGUUAAGAAACUUGCAGACGUUAUGAUCCUGACCGUUUUCUGCCUGAGUGUCUUUGCUCUCGUUGGCCUUCAACUCUUUAAAGGACAUCUGAGGCACAAAUGUGUCAGGAACUACACAGAAUAUUUUAUCAGCGAGAUGAAACGAUUAAAGUAUCCCAAUGAAACAUCUUUUCUGUAUGAAGUCAACCUGACUUCAUAUAUGGACUUCAUCAGGGAUAAAGAUAAUUACAAAUUUAAGAAUGGCACUAAAGAUUAUUUAUUGUGUUCCAAUAGCUCAGAUGGUGGCUCCUGUCCGCCGGAGUACGUAUGCCUGAAGGUUGGAGAGAACCCUGACUAUAACUUCACAAGCUUUGAUACUUUCGGAUGGGCCUUUCUCUCCCUGUUUCGCCUUAUGACACAGGAUUAUUGGGAACGCCUCUAUCAACAGACCCUCAGAGCUUCUGGGAAGAUCUAUAUGCUGUUUUUCAUGCUGGUCAUAUUUCUCGGAUCAUUUUAUCUCGUCAACUUGAUCUUAGCCGUGGUCACGAUGGCAUAUGAAGAACAGAGCAAAGCCACUAUCGCUGAAACAGAGGCAAAAGAAAGGAAAUUUCGUGAAGCUAUGGAAAUGUUAAAGAAAGAACAGGAGGAAUUAGCUGCCAAAGACUGUGACAGCAUGUCUUACAGUUCAUUUGAAGUCUCACCGGUAGCAUCUAAGGAGAUAAAAGAACGAAGAAACAGAAUGAAGAAGUUAUCAUUAGGGAUGGAAGAAUCGGCGGAAGAUCCAAAACUCCCUAAAUCACAGUCUAGUGACAGCCAUCAAAAACCGGCUUUCUUUACCCACAGUUACGGUCCUGCUUCAAAUCCGACCAAGCGUCGGCCUAGUCACGGAAGUAUAUUUAAUUUCCACACAUCAAAUCGAGAUUCGAAAGCUGAAUAUGGCGAGGAUGACUCUAGCAGUACUGGGGAGGCUGAGACACAGCGUGGCUCGCUUCUGGCUUCACGAAUAGGGAGGCGGUCAAGUAUCCAGAGUCAAGUCAGCUACAGUUCCCGCCCAGCUACUCCAAGCUACAUGUUGCCCAGCAGAUGGAACCCUGGAGAUGAUUACACUGGAACCGUCUCAUUGAUGGGGAGCAGUGGAAUUAGACCACUCACUGAGCCUGUAUCAGGGGAAGGGCUCUUGCUGCCUCCACUUAUGGAAACACCCGACAAGGGAGAUCUGGCUGAGACACAGCGUGGCUCGCUUCUGGCUUCACGAAUAGGGAGGCGGUCAAGUAUCCAGAGUCAAGUCAGCUACAGUUCCCGCCCAGCUACUCCAAGCUACAUGUUGCCCAGCAGAUGGAACCCUGGAGAUGAUUACACUGGAACCGUCUCAUUGAUGGGGAGCAGUGGAAUUAGACCACUCACUGAGCCUGUAUCAGGGGAAGGGCUCUUGCUGCCUCCACUUAUGGAAACACCCGACAAGGGAGAUCUGACUCCUUCAUAUGAUGAAGCCCAGAAGAGAUUCCAAAAUCAGCGUCUGUCAGUGGAGCAUUAUCAUCACCCCCUUCAAAGACAGCGGGCGCCUAGUGCCGUCAGCAUCAUUACCAGCGUGCUGGAGGAACUUGAAGAGUCGAAUCAAAAGUGUCCUCCAUUCUUGAGGAAACUGGCGUUGAAGUUUCUUGUGUGGGACUGCUGCCCGCUGUGGUCAAAAAUAAAGAAGAAAGUGAGCUUUAUUGUCAUGGAUCCAUUUACUGACCUCAUUGUCACACUUUGCAUUGUGAUUAAUACUCUUUUCAUGGCAUUAGAACACUAUAAAAUGACUCCUCAGUUCGACUUUAUGCUUUCGAUAGGUAACAUGAUUUUCACAGGAAUUUUUACUGCGGAAGUCAUCCUGAAAAUCAUUGCAAUGGAUCCCUAUAACUAUUUCCAGCAAGGCCCCAAUAUCUUUGACAGUAUCAUUGUCUUUAUAAGCAUCAUUGAACUCAGCAUGCCCACCGAGACUAAAGAAGACGGCAAGGGGAAAAAAGGAAAGAAAGGAAACUUUACCGUUUUACGGACCUUGAGGCUGAUGCGAGUCUUCAAAUUGGCAAAGUCUUGGCCAACCUUAAACACUCUUAUUAAAAUCAUUUUAAACUCAGUAGGCGCUCUGGGCAACCUGACCCUCGUGUUGGCCAUUAUCGUCUUUAUCUUUGCCGUAUUUGGAAUGCAGCUAUUUGGGCAAAGCUAUUCCAUGAAUUGCAAAAAGAUCGCCUCAAACUGCAAGCCACGGUGGCAUAUGCGAGAUUUUUUGCAUUCUUUCCUUAUUAUUUUCCGGAUUCUGUGCGGAGAAUGGAUCGAGACGAUGUGGGACUGCAUGGUGGUGGCAGACAUGUCCAUGUGUCUCCUUGUUUUCUUGCUCGUUAUGGUGAUUGGAAAUCUUGUGGUUCUCAACUUGUUCAUUGCCCUGCUGCUAAACUCCUUCAGUGCAGACAGCCUCACCCAGCUUCCAGAAGAUGACAGGGAUGCUAACAACCUGAAGAUCGCCUGUGCUCGGAUACACAAAGGGCUUCACGGAGCAAAACAGAGGGUGCUGGCAUUUUGUUUCAAAGUAUUUAGUUAUAAGAAAAAAACAGCCCAAAAGAAAAUCAAAUGCGAUGCCGAGAAAAAUGGUUUGGAACCUGGGAAAGAGGGUCACCAUUCCAAAGAAAGUUACAGCAAUACGGAGAAGGAGAAGCAUGGAGAAGAAUGCUCGGUUAAUAUGCUGGAUGAUUUCAUUACCAAUCCUAGUGUGUUUAUCUGUGUUCCUAUUGCCGAUGCUGAGUCAGAUAGCGAGAGUUCUGAAGGGGCUCACGAUAAGCAGAUCCCAUUUGUGGAGACGGACCAUACUAAGCAGCAGGAGAACCAGCUCCGACUGAGAGGAGAACGCACCAAGAACUCUGAGGAAUGGAAGCGAACAUCUGAAACCAGCUCUCCUGGGGAGUUUAGUGCACAGUGGAAAGCUCGAUCUCCAUCACCGGGAGGAAAAGAGGUUGAUCUUAGCAGCUGCUCAGAAGGCAGUACUGUGGACAUACAUGACCCUGAUGAAUACCUGAAGCAUGUUCCUGAACUUGCUGAGGAUAUAAUGGAGCCAGAUGAUUGUUUCCCAAGAAGAUUUACUCGCCAUUAUCCUCGAUGUUCCGUGAAUACUGCUAAAUUUCCUGGCAGAACAUGCUGGAAUCUGAGAAAGACAUGCUACCGAAUUGUAGAACACAACUGGUUUGAAAGCUUCAUUGUAUUUAUGAUUCUGCUGAGUAGUGGGGCUCUGGCAUUUGAAGAUAUUCACUUGAACGGAAGGCCAACCAUUAAAAUUAUGCUGGAAUAUGCGGACAAAAUAUUCACUUAUAUCUUUGUCCUGGAGAUGCUGCUGAAAUGGGUGGCUUAUGGAUUCCACAAAUAUUUCACGAAUGUUUGGUGCUGGCUUGAUUUCCUCAUUGUAGACGUCUCUUUAAUCACACUGGUAGUAAGUCUUGUUGGGAUAUCUGACAUAGGCCCCAUGAAAUCUCUCCGAACCCUACGAGCUUUGAGGCCAUUACGGGCCCUGUCACGAUUUGAAGGGAUGAGGGUGGUGGUCAAUGCCUUGAUAGGGGCCAUCCCUUCUAUCAUGAAUGUUCUUCUCGUCUGCCUCAUUUUUUGGCUCAUCUUCAGCAUUAUGGGAGUUGGCUUGUUUGCGGGAAAGUUUGGAAAAUGCAUUAACCUGACGACAUCAAGCUCUGAGACAAGUGAAAUUGUGAAGAACAUGUCAGACUGUGCGGUGUACAAUAACAGUAGAUUAUACUGGGUAAACGUUAAAGUGAAUUUCGAUAAUGUCGGUGCUGGUUAUCUGGCGCUACUUCAAGUGGCCACGUUCAAAGGUUGGAUGGAUAUAAUGUAUGCCGCAGUAGAUUCAGUAGAUAUAGAAGAGCAGCCCAAAUGGGAGAACAACAAAUAUAUGUACCUCUAUUUUGUGAUUUUUAUUAUCUUUGGAUCUUUCUUCACUCUAAAUCUUUUUGUCGGUGUCAUCAUUGAUAAUUUUAAUCAACAAAAGAAAAAGAUAAGCGGAGAGGACAUCUUCAUGACAGAAGAACAGAAAAAAUACUAUAAUGCUAUGAAAAAACUGGGUUCCAAGAAACCUCAAAAACCCAUCCCAAGACCACUGAAUAAAUAUCAAGGAUUCAUAUUUGAUUUAGUAACUCACCAGGCUUUUGAUAUUGUUGUCAUGAUCCUCAUCUGUCUUAAUAUGAUUGCUAUGAUGGUGGAGACAGAUGACCAAUCCCCGGAGAAGACAAGCGUUCUUAACAAAAUCAAUAUCCUCUUCAUCACCCUCUUCACUAUUGAGUGUGUCCUCAAGAUGGUGGCUUUGAGAUACUAUUACUUCACCAAUGGAUGGAACGUUUUUGAUCUGGUUGUUGUGAUCAUGUCCAUUGUUGGCAAUGUGCUGUCUGGCAUUGUGGUUUUUUUCUCACCUACCCUCUUCCGGAUGAUCCGCUUGGUAAGGAUCGGGCGAAUACUCAGGCUCAUCCGAUCUGCGAGAGGAAUCCGGACUCUGCUUUUUGCCUUGAUGAUGUCUCUCCCUGCUUUGUUCAACAUCGGCCUCUUGCUUUUCCUGGUCAUGUUUAUCUAUGCCAUUUUUGGAAUGGCCAACUUCGCCUAUGUCAUAAAGGAAGCCGGGAUUGACGACAUGUUCAACUUUGAGACCUUUGGCAACAGCAUGCUCUGCCUCUUCGAAAUCACCACGUCAGCUGGCUGGGAUGGCCUCCUCAGCCCCAUUUUAAAUACCGGGCCACCAUUCUGUGACCCAAACCUUCGUGUCCCAUCAACUUUCUCUAAGGGGAACUGCGGGAACCCUGCAAUAGGCAUGAUCUUCUUUGUUACUUACAUCAUUAUAUCCUUUCUCAUCGUUGUGAACAUGUACAUUGCAGUCAUUUUGGAGAAUUUCAACGUUGCCACGGAAGAGAGCACUGAACCUUUAGGUGAUGAUGAUUUUGAAAUGUUCUAUGAAGUCUGGGAGAAGUUUGAUCCUCUAGCAACCCAGUUCAUCGCGCACUCUAAGCUUUCUGACUUUGCAAAUGCUCUAGCGGAGCCCUUACGCAUACCUAAGCCAAACAUACUUGAAAUUACAGCCAUGGAUCUUCCCUUGGUGAGUGGGGACAGGAUCCACUGCCUGGAUAUUCUCUUUGCUUUCACCAAGAGGGUGCUUGGGGACUCUGGAGAUAUGGAUAUGCUUAAGGUACAAAUGGAGGAAAAAUUUAUGGCCGCCAACCCGUCCAAGGCUUCAUAUGAACCAAUCAACACCACCCUUAAACGGAAGCACGAGGAGGCAGCGGCUACUUAUAUCCAGAGGGCCUUUCGGAGUCAUUUGCUUCAACGCUCCAUGAAGCAGGCCUCUUUCUUACACCGCCACAAAACCAGCGAUGGGGAUAUUCUUGAAGAAGAUGCUCCAGAAAAAGAAGGCCUUAUUGCCAUUUUCAUGAAUGACAAGUAUAUUGAACACCCCAACAAAUCCAGUACAGCAUCCUUAGAAUCCAUUCCUCCUUCUUACCACAGUGUUACCGGCUCUCUUAAUGGUGGCUCAGAAGGGGAAACAGCUGAGUCUUCUAAAAGCAAUAAAUCCAAGAAUGAUCGGCUAGGUCCAGACAACAAACAAGGGAUCUGAUACGUAGAUGUCUGUCUGUCUGUCAUUUAGGUCACAUUAAAAUGAAGAUGCCGUGCAACAGAAUCACAAAGCAACAGCUGUCUUAUUAAGCAAAAAACUGAAAAGAAAAUCUGAGGAGACCCUGAAAAAAUAUGACCAUUUUUUGAUCAUACAGCCUUAGAAAGGUCUCU